CCCCAAGGGUUUGAGGUCUUGGCUUCUGCUUCCCAUUACUGGCCGCUGGAAACUGUGGACGGGAUCCACGAACUUCAAGACACGACUGGAGACAUCAUGGAAGGAAAAGUCAGCAAGGGUGUUUACCUCAGAGAGGAGAAGGGAGUGACCCUUCUCUACUACGGCCAGUACAACACAUCCUGCAUCAGCAACCCGGCAAAGUGCGACCCCGACGGGGUCACGUUUUCUUUUUUCUGGAAGACGCACGGAGAGCAGUCCAGACCGAUCCCUUCUGCAUACGGGGGACAGGUCAUUUCUGAAGGGUUCAAGGUCUGCUCCAGUGGCGGCAAGGGCUCCGUGGAGCUGUACACGCGGGAGAACGCCAAGACGUGGGAGGCCACCUUCAGCCCGCCAGGUCCCUACUGGACUCACGUCUUGUUUACAUGGAAAUCCAAGGAGGGUCUGAAAGUCUAUGUCAAUGGGACCCUGAGCACCUCUGACCCAAGCGGCAAAGUGUCUCAUGCCUACGGGGAGCCCAGCGUCAACCUCGUGAUCGGGUCUGAGCAGGACCAGACCAAGCGUUAUGAGGUCGGAGCUUUCGAUGAGUUCAUCAUCUGGGAACGGGCCCUGACCCCGGACGAGAUCGCGAUGUACUUCACAGCUGCCGUUGGAAAGCAUGCUUUGUUGUCUUCGACGCCACCGAGCUUCUUCAUGACACCCCCAGCCAACACCGUGCUGCCCACCGACGCCUACCAUCCUAUCAUAACCAACUUGACGGAGAAGAGAAAAAGCCUCCAGAGUCCAGGAACGGUACUGAGUUACCUGCGAAACGUGUCCCUCAACUUACCCAGUAAGCCCCUCUCCCAGGAAACAGCGCUGAACCUCACCAAGGCUUUCUUAAAAACCAUGGGAGAGGUUCUUCAACUGCCCAGUUGGAUUGAUGUGUCAGAGGACAACGCCGUCGUGCUGGGCUUGAUAGAGACCGUCGAUACCGUCAUGGGCCACAUCUCUUCCAACGUGCAAGCCAGCGACCCCCAGGUCACCAUCAUCGGCUCUUCCUCCAUGGCAGAGUUCUCUGUGGCCAAACUCCUACCCGAGGCCAUAAAUUCCUCCCACUACCGCUUCCCGGCUCAGGGGCAGAGCUACAUCGAGGUUCCCCACGAGGCUUUCCGCAGCCAAGCCUGGACCACCAUCGUGGGCCUUCUCUACCACACGAUGCACAAUUACCUGGACAACAUCUGGCCAGCCAAGACCAAGAUUGCUGAGGCAGCAAAUUACAAAACCUACCCGCUGUCUGCAGCCAGCUACCUGAUUUCCCUGGAGGUGUCCCCACCGCCGACGCUGUCCCAGAACUUGUCAGGAUCUCCUCUCGUCACGGUCCAGCUCAGGCACAGACUGUCCCGCCGGCAGCGCAGCGAGGCCACCAACAGCAGCAACCAGGUCUUCCUGUAUUGUGCCUUCCUGGACUUCAGCUCCGGAGAAGGGGUCUGGUCCAACCAGGGCUGCGUGCUCGCGGAAGGGAACCUCAGCUACUCCGUCUGCCGCUGCACUCACCUCACCAACUUCGCCAUCCUGAUGCAGGUGGUCCCGCUGGAGCUCACACAAGGACAGCAGGUGGCGCUCUCGUCCAUCUCUUACAUCGGCUGCUCCCUGUCCGUGGUCUGCCUGGUGCUCACGCUGGUCACCUUCGCCAUGCUCUCCUCGGUCAGCACCAUCCGGAACCAGCGCUACCAUAUCCAUGCCAACCUGUCCUUUGCUGUCCUCGUGGCCCAGAUCCUUCUGCUCAUCAGCUUCAGCUUCAAGCCUGGCACAGUCCCCUGCCAGGUGCUGGCCGUGCUCCUGCACUACUUCUUCCUGAGUGCCUUUGCCUGGAUGCUGGUGGAAGGGUUGCAUCUCUACAGCAUGGUGAUCAAGGUCUUUGGCUCAGAGGACAGCAAGCAUCUCUACUACUAUGGGAUAGGAUGGGGUUUUCCUCUCGUCAUUUGCAUCAUUUCCAUAUCGUUUGCCAUGAACAGUUAUGGAACAAAUAACAACUGCUGGCUCUCCAUCACGAGCGGCGCCGUCUGGGCCUUCGUGGCCCCUGCCCUGUCCAUCAUUGUGGUGAACGUCGGCAUCCUCGUGGCCGUGACCAGGGUCAUUUCACAGAUCAGCGCUGACAACUACAAGAUCCAUGGGGACCCUAGUGCCUUCAAGUUGACGGCGAAAGCUGUGGCCGUGCUGCUGCCCAUCCUGGGAACCUCGUGGGUCUUCGGCGUGCUCGCUGUCAACAGCCAGGCCGUGGUCUUCCAGUACAUGUUUGCCGUUCUCAACUCCCUGCAGGGGUUUUUCAUCUUCCUUUUCCAUUGUCUCCUGAAUUCAGAGGUGAGGGCCGCCUUCAAGCACAAAACCAAGGUCUGGACCCUGACGAGUAGCUCCAACCGCAACACUAACGCGAAGCCCUUCAGCUCUGACAUCAUGAACGGGACCCGGCCGGGCACAGUGUCCACCAGGCUCAGCCCCUGGGACAAGAGCAGCCAAUCUGCACACCGUGUGGACCUGUCUACCGUGUGAGCAGGGAGGCUGCAGCCGCCGUCCUGCUGCUCAGAUCACAACCGCAGACGAACCACGAGAAGCCCUCUGCCUUCACCACGAGACCCUCUCCUCGCUGCUGUCUGGAUGUGGGGGUCGUGGCCCCCGGGACAGGCUUCCUUGCCUCCCACCCGCCCCGUGUGACAGAGCCCACCGCCGGUCCCGCAGCCCUCCCGGCUCUGGUCCUCCUGUGGCCGAGCGACUGUCCCCCGGGGCACCUGCCGUGGGCGCACAGGCCCCAGGGCCUGCCGCACCAGGAGGGCGGGUUAGCCUGGGAGCCACGAUGGGGCCUCGGGACCAAAGGGGAGGGUCCCGCGGGGAGGCGGAAGCCCCCAGAGGGUCAGGCAGAGGCGGACGGGCCGUGUGGGCAGCGUGGGAAAUGUCCUCGGCCUGCUGAAUCAGCCGCAACAAGCUCCGAGGAGCCAGCGCCAGCUGAGGGGGGCCCCUCACGCUCCGGCCGUGCCACCCCUGCCAGGCCUCUGCGGGGC